AUGCAUGUGCACAUGCUCAGUGCGCUGCUACUGCUCUUGGCGGUCCUUGAUGGACAUUGCUUCGUGCCGUCGUCCACGGUCGCUCGGCCACUAGCACCGGUGCCGGUGCUGCGGCGGCCAGCCUUGUUGACGGAUGCGAGCGCCGCUGCUCCCGCCGCCAUGCCGCUGCCGCACGAGCCUCCUGAGCCUACAGUCCGCGAGUGGCUACCGACGGCCCUACGAAGCAAGGCCAUCGCGCCCGCGGUUGUCUUAUUGCUCAUGCACGCAGCCCUCCGCCGCCUCCUGCGCCAGGUCGCGGCAUCGGCACCGCCCUCGGUUGUCUCGGUCGGCGUCACCUUCCCGGCGUCCAUCGUUGGCAUGCUCGGCGGUUUCGGCGUGCUGUGCGGUGUCCGCCGCGUCAGCGAGGGCGCGGCCUCCACCGCGAGCGCCUUCUUCGAGCCUGCGCUCGCCUGCAUCUUUGCGCCCGGCUUCAUCGCGCUGCCCCUCAAAGUGCCUCCGCUGGGCGCCGUCGAGGUCGUCGCAUUCUUCGGCCUCCUCCUCGCCGGUUUUGCAACCAGCACCGCCACAAACGAAGCCGUCGCCGCGGCGUGCGAGCCCGCCGCUGUUGAGGGGAGAGAGGUCCACCCGUUUGUCAGCUGCUCUGCCGCCGUCCUCCUCGCGUGCGCUGGAAUCGGUCGCCGCUCGGGGCAGGGCUUCGGAACCUUCUCGGAACUCUCUCGGAACCCUCUCGGAAACUUCCCCUUAGGCACAGCAACGCUCGGCUCCCUCACGGGCAUGCUCAGUGCUGCGGCGGCAGCGCGAGCGCUCGGCCUGCCCCCCGCGCUGCGGCUGGCCCUCCUCAGCCGCUCCACAACCACCGCUCUCGCGCCGGAAAUGUGUCGCCUCCUCUCCUGCGAGCCCUCUAUCUCGCCAUAUCUCCCCAUAUCUCCCCGUAUCUCAGGCAAGCCCCUCCUCUCACGGCUGGGUGUGCGCGACCCCGCCGCGCGCGGCCUGGCGCUCUCCGGCACCGCCCACGGCGGCGCAGUGCUUUGUCUGAGCGACGAGCGCGAGGCGUUCCCGUUCGCCGCGCUGAUGAUGAGCCUCGGCGCCGCGUGCAGCGUCGGCUUGCUCACCGUUGCCCCUGUGCGGGCGCUCGUGUUGCGUGUCGCGUUGGGACAGGCCGUCCAACUCUGA